CCUGUCAUCAUCAUAAUGACAGGCAAUAUUAGAAGGAUGAUUUUCAUGAAAGACCAGGUUCAGUCCGCUUUUCAUCAUUUUGUCCUGAGAUCGCACGAGCUUGUUUAACAGCUCGCACGCGCGCGCACAGACAUCCACAGCUCUGCAGGGUCAGUGGGAGGGAGGAGGAAGGCGGAUCUGUGAAGUCCAGACGGACUUCCUCAACACACCAGCGCGGAUCCUCGAGCGCAACCAUGGAGGAGUCGGGUCCACGUCAUGGCGGCUCUGUGUUUGCAGGGCUAGUGGGCGCGUCACAGGUGCUGGGACUGGUGUCGGUAGUGCUCACUGGUGUGUGGAUGGGUCACUACAGAGGAGGUUUUGCCUGGGACGGUUCAGCCCAGGAGUUUAACCUGCAUCCUCUUUGUAUGGUGCUGGGCCUGAUCUUCUUGCAGGGUGAUGCCAUCCUGGUCUACAGAGUGUUUCGUAACGAGGCAAAGAAGAACGUGAAGCUGCUUCAUGGCAUCAUCCACCUGCUCGCCCUCAUCAUCAGCAUCGUAGGUGUUGUAGCUGUGUUUGACUUCCACAGAGCAGCCAAUAUUCCAGACAUGUACUCUCUGCACAGCUGGUGCGGCCUGGCCACCUUAAUCAUGUUCAGCUUACAGUGGGUGAUGGGUUUGCUGUUCUUCCUGUUUCCUGUCGCGUCGUCAUGGUUGCGAGCCAUGUACCUGCCCAUCCAUGUGUUCUGUGGCCUGACCCUGCUGGUCAUGGCUAUUGGGACGAGCCUGCUCGGCAUCACAGAGAAACUCCUUUUCAGCAUCUCGUCUACCUACUCUCAGUUUGCCCCAGAAGGGGUGCUAGCCAACAUCCUUGGGCUCUUGCUGGUGUUGUUCGGGUUGCUGCUGUCUUAUUUGAUCACCAGGGAGGAGUACAAACGGCCACCAAACCCAGAGGAAGAGUCUCUGUCGGUCCAUUUCAAGACACUGACGGAGGGUGGAUCACCGACAACACCCUGACUUCCUUCUGAUGCCUCGCUUCUAAUCUGGACACAAACAAUGACUACAGACUAAUUCUGCCACUCGUCUCUGUUGAUAUGAAAAACAGAUUUACUGUAAGCUUUAAUUAAGUGAAGUGAAAACGAAUGGACAGGGAGUUGUAAUGAUCAUAACUCUGCUGCCACAGUUUACCGACAGCUUCAUCAGUCUUCUCCCCAAAUGAUUGAUUUAUUUUUAAGUUAUAGAGUAAUAUUUAUAGAAGUAAAGCAUGGAGGGCAGUUUGGUGAAAUUCUGUAUGAUCAUUCACCUUAUCUUUGAGUAAAUACAUUGCACUGUGCAAACGAUCUCCAGAAAUAGACAAAAACGUUUUGACUGUUGGGGUUGUUAGAUUGUAUUAUAGCUCAUUUUAAGAUGAGCAGCACCUCCUAGUGGCCUAAUCUAUAACUACAGUUCCCGGAAGAACUGAUCCUAUGUGUGACACUACAUUAUCCAGGCUGGUCUGAUCAGUUGUUAGGGCCUACAUUAUGUUCACCAUCAGGUCUGAAGUUUGCUUUGUGGUAAACAUUGACACUGCCAUCAACUUGCUAAGCCAAAUUUCCAAUUUGUGAAACUUUCAACCUUAUACAGCAGUAAACUGCAAUUAUGAUUUUACCAGAAGAGCUCAAUCCUCGUCUUUCUGUGUAUGUCAUUUUCUAUGUUCAAUGGUCCGCUCACACAUUUAUGUUAGCUGCAUGUGAGAUUCUCCCAUGCAGUACAAAUCGAGUGACCUGAAGUUGACUACAGUAAUUUUAACUCUGUUUAAUUGAUAAUAGAUCUACAAGCUGCAUGAAGGGCUCCAUGUUAGAAUUUCGUUGCUUUUACGUAACACCCGAGGUGUCUAAGGUUGUAUAAUGUACCCUUAGAGUAUUUUAAAAUGUCUGAUCUGCUUGCUGGCUUCACUAACUUGAAAUCUUUAGCAAAACUUUCAAAGGAAAUAUUAGGUUCCUGUCAAACAUAUAGAAGAUAGUCUGUUCAGACUUGUGAGAUGGAAUUAAAAACACUUUGAGUGCAUUCAUCUUAUUCAAUCCAAUCCCAAAUCCUCGUCUUGGCCUUGCCUUUCUGUUUUGAAGAGAUAAAAUGGCUCUUUUUGUUUAAUCAAGGAGUAGUGGUCAUCUAGCAGUUUAACUGACCUUUGAGGCUGAUUUAAUGACUACUUUUUGAUUAAUAUUAUUCCUUGAUCACUAAAAAACGAGAGGGAUUCUGCUAGACUGAAUGGUAGAACCAACUACGGGACUGGGAUUGAGCCUUUGCCCGCAAAGUUUGAAGUGAGGAUUACAUUCUUUCCUCUGAACUGACAUCAAUUAAUUGUGAUGCUGGAAGUUUUUAUGUGGCUUGGUCUGGUUACAUUAUUCCACUGAAAUGCAGCAACUUGCCAACAAAAGCAGGAAACAAAAAGAACACAUAAUAUUUAAGUCAAUGUAAAGAACAUCAGUUGCGAUGAAGUUUAAUGAUAGAGGAAAUGGACAACACUGUAUUUCAGAGUUUUCAAUGAGCUGCAUAAAUAUAAAUAUUCAAGAUUUCUGCUUUUAUAGGAAAACUCCAACAAGUUUGAUGAUUUUCUGUUGCUGAACAGGUCGUACGGUUUCCACUGCAGCUAAGACACAGAUAUCAAAAGCUUGUGUGAGACCUUUUGAUCCAUUUAUUAAUAAUUUACUUAAAAUUAUUGAUAAACUAGAAUGAUUAUGAGUAACUUAUAAAAGUGGAUUGGUGCCAUGCUUGUUUUGAAGACAGUGGGAAUUUGAUAAAAUUGACAUCCAGGUAACCCAAAAUGUUUGAUGUUCACAACACAAAAACUAAGCAGUACUAAAGAGAAAGUUCGAGACCCGACGCAUAACUCUGAACUAAAUUAGUUACUAAAAGAUCUAAAUGUAAAUAAAGUCGUUUAAAAGUUUCCUGAAAUGCUGCAUUAUGUUUUGAUUCAAACAAUAUGGUCUGAUAUUUUUCCUUUGGUUGCUCUAUGAUCCUAUGAUGUUUAUUUGUUCACUAUGAUCUCAUGUCUUUGUUCACUCCAUCAUCUUGUGUCUUGUUUUUCAUGAUUUGAUUAGAUGUUUUUUUCAUUUAUCUGAUGGCUCUUCUUCGCUCUAUGAUCUGAUGUCUUUUCUUUAUUCGCUCUAUGAUCUGAUGCCUUUUCUUUAUUCGCUCUAUGAUCUGAUGCCUUUUCUUUAUUCGCUCUAUGAUCUGAUGUCUUUUCUUUAUUCACUCUAUGAUCUGAUGUCUUUUCUUUAUUCGCUCUAUGAUCUGAUGCCUUUUCUUUAUUCGCUCUAUGAUCUGAUGCCUUUUCUUUAUUCGCUCUAUGAUCUGAUGUCUUUUCUUUGUUCACUUGUAAAAUGUUUAGAUGUAAAUAUCAAACAUGGAAGCAACCUGUGGAGUUUGUGUUCAGAUGUGUGAUGUUUGAUGCACUAAAGGUGUUAAAUCUGUAUCUUUGAAUGUGUUCUUCGAUUGUGCUUUUUACAGUCUGAGUUCAGGGUGCAUUACUGGUGCCUAACGUACACUGCUGGAUGUUGUUUAUCUUCAUGUACUCGUUGACAUUGUUCUAAGUGAAGUCCUGAUCCCACUAGGACAACUUUAAAUAAAGUGUGUGAAAUGG